AUGGAUCGUGCAAGUCGUCUGUACAGCCAGGUGGGGAGAGAAGGGAACGUGCGAGAGCCUGCUGCUGCCUGCGUGUGUGAGCAGGCCACAAGCGGACAGCACAACAGAUCGGCCACCUCCUCGAAUCCGAUGGCCGUCGGCGACAGCGCCACCGCCACCCCACCGGUGGCCAAGCUCUCCAUCUCCGGCGCAGCCCUCGCGGCGCUGCUGCACCGCUGCGCGGCCGCCGCCGGCGACUGCGACGGCCUCCUCUUCGGGCGCGCCGCGCACCUGCCCGCGCCGCCGGCCGCCCUCUCCGACUACGACGACCCCGCCGCGGCGGGGGCCCCGCCCGCCCCCGCGCUCUCCAUCUCCGUCUCCGGCCACUGCUCCCUCUCCCACCCCUCCUCCCUCUCCGACUCCCUCGGCCGCUUCCAUCCCCCUUCCCCCUCCUCCUCCCCUUCCCCAACCCCCAUCGGCUUCUUCUCCUCCCGCCGCCGCACCGCGCUCCGCCCCUCCAUGCGGGAGGCCGCGCUCGCCCACUCCCUCUCAGAAACGCUAGCCUCCGCCCACCCGCUCCUCCUCAUCCUCGUCUCCCCCUCCGCCUCCCCCAACCACUCCACCCACUCCUACGACUACCGCGCCUUCCUUCUCCUCGGCGGCUGCCUCGUCCCGGCCUCGCUCGCCGUCGUCAACGUCGGCCCCGGAUUCCGGGACCAGUACCACGCCUUCACCGCCGAGUCGCCCAUGCCCUGGCUGCCGUCGGCUCCGGCGCCAGGGCACGCUCACACCAUCGGGGAGCAGAAGGCGGUGGAUGAAAUGGUCGACGGGUUUGGGGUCGGGAGGCUGCAGGGGGUCCUCGGCUCUGCGGCGGGGCAGGCCGCCGAGAUGGAUGAGAUGUAUGCAGGGAUGCUCAGGAAGCUGGAGAAGCUCGCCAGGGAGGUGGAGAAGAGCAAUUUCCGUGUGCUCGAGCAGGAGAAGCGGAACCUGGUGCUGAGGAUACCUGGUGCUGACCAAGGCUCUCUUCUUGAAAAACAUCUGUCCAUUUUGCUCCUUGCACAUGUUCCACCAUACGUAAAGAAUGGCACCCUGCUUUAUGUUUCUACUGAUCCCUGGGCUUAUGCACCUUUGCAGCUAUGCUAG